UUAGUAACAGGUAAAACGACGCGUUUGAAGCUGAGAAGAGCAUCAAAUUCUUUUCCCGUCCUCUUGUUCAUUUCAGAAUUUCUCACACAUACACAGUAAGUUAGGGUUUAAGAAUUUCAUUUUUCUGUUCAUCUCUUCACUCACAUAGACAGUGAUUUCUCCUCGGUUUCCUUUCCCUGAUUCGAGAAUCCGACAGCAUUAUCCGACACGUGGCAAUGGCUUACGUAGAUGAUGAUGCUUCUUCUGGCUCUGGAGAUGAUGUGAACUUGUUGGAUGGACACAAGCGUCAGGCUGGCAUGCCAUCGAAUUCUUGCGGUGUCCGCAAGAGAGGCCGGAAAGCUACUGGGGCUGCUAUAGUUGAUGCUAUGCUGGAGAUAGCGUCUGCUUCGAAGAUGAGGGCAAGUGCAAUCGUGAAGAAUGAGGAAAGAUUCUCUAUAAACAAGUGCAUCAAAGUGUUGGAUGAGAUGCAAGAUACACCAAUCAGCAUGGAUGACAUUGACCUAGAAUUGGAUGAGAUGGAACUAGUUGCUGCUGCUGCUGGAUACCAUUACUAUAGCUGUCUGACCAAACAACCUGCCCGUGGUUUAUCACCUAGGAGAUGCGAAUUUAUGACAGAAGUGCUGAAUGGGCAUGGUGACUUUUGUCGGGAAAUGUUGCGUAUGGACAAGCAUGUAUUUCACAAGUUGUGUGACAUUCUCCGACAGAGAGCCAUGUUGCGUGAUACUGCUGGCGUAAUGAUAGAGGAGCAGCUAGCAAUUUUUUUAAACGUUAUUGGUCAUAAUGAGCGCAAUAGAGUGAUUCAAGAGAGGUUUCAACACUCUGGUGAAACCAUUAGCCGUCAUUUUAACAAUGUAUUAAAGGCUAUUAAAUCAUUGUCACGUGAAGUUUUGCAACCUCCUCAGCUCAAGACACCUCCAGAAAUUCUCAACAAUGCUAGAUUUUAUCCAUAUUUCAAGGAUUGUAUAGGAGUAAUUGAUGGUAUGAACAUUCCGGCUCAUGUUCCAGCCAAAGAUCAAUCUCGGUUCCGCAAUAAGAAAGGUAUCCUAUCUCAAAAUGUGCUGGCAGCAUGCACAUUUGACCUGCAGUUUAUAUUUGUUUAUCCUGGUUGGGAAGGUUCUGUCACCGACUCACGAGUGUUAAGGGCAGUCCUUGAUAACCCAGAUCAGAAUUUCCCUCAAAUACCUCAAGGAAAGUAUUACCUUGUUGACAAGGGAUAUUUAAAUACAGAAGGGUUUAUUGCUCCUUACCAAGGGGUUCGGUACCAGCAUUAUGAGUUUAGAGGCGCUAAUCAAUUACCAAGAAACGCAAAAGAGCUGUUCAAUCACAGGCAUUGUUUUCUGAGGAAUGCUAUCCUGAGGUCAUUUAAUGUGUUGAAAACUAGAUUUCCAAUCCUGAAACUUGCUCCUCAGUAUUCCUUUCAGAUUCAGCGCGAUAUAGUCAUAGCUGGAUGUGUUUUGCACAAUUUCAUCCGCCGUGAAGAAAGAAAUGACUGGAUAUUCAAUAGUGUUGGGGGCUCUCCAGUAGAGGAAAUUUCAGAUAUUGAUGAACUUCCCGAUGUGCCGAUGCUAUCUUCAAUACAAGAACAACUUGCAUUCUCAUCGAGGGAUUCAAUUGCUUCAUCUAUGUGGGAUGACUUCUUAACUAAAUGGGAUGAGUGGUGACUCUUGGCUGAAGAAGUGUCAUAGCUUGGUGACUCAAUAUGUAGGUUUGUUGAAGAGGGCGAUGGGACUUCAAUCUUCUAUCCGGAUGGAACUGAUGACCACCUUAAUAUGUGAUUUGAUUUGAUGUUUUGGUCAAUGCUCAAUAUUUUGGUGAGUAACUUAAAAACUUUGUAUAGGCUGUGUAUAUCUUUGUCAAAUAAUAGUUUUAUUGAAAUGGAAUUGUGAAGGGUGCUUGGUUUAGAUGGAAAUAUUUCUGAGGUAUAUGUUACCACUUAUAAUAGCAUAAUUACAUUCCUAGUUUGCUAUGGCA